AUGUAUAUUCCUCCAGACCUUUCCAGAUACAACCCAAAACCGGUGAUUUAUUCACAGUUCUUGGCUUCUAGCAUAUAUCCUGUUCAGAUAACAGACCCGAAUACCGUCUUUUGUGUUGAUAAAGAGGAAUUCAGAUUCACGUGCUUGAAUUCUGUCUAUGAACCCGAUGUCGCUUUACGAAUAGCAAGGACUCCUUUGUCUCCGUCUGAUCCGUUCACAUACGCCGCUUUAUCGAAAUUCACAGAAUAUUAUCUCCGGAAAUUUCACUCGAGUACGGGUGCACAGUCAUCUAACCAGAUAGACAAGCCUCCAUUGAAUGUCCCGAAAGAACUGAUAGCAGCUCAGUCCGAUGGAAAGACUGAGAUAUUGCUAGUAGGUUCCCUUUUGAAUCCUUUAGUAUCGGAUAGCUACAAACCUGUUCAUCUAACCCCAGGAUGUAUUUCGAGCAUAGUCAAUUUCACGAAAGACAAUGCAUCUCAUGAAGCGCCUAACACGUUGAGCAACAAGCUUUUUGGAAAAACUAGGAAUACGAAAGGCAAUGUUGAUCUGAAUAAUAAGCAGCCGAAAACCAGUUUGAACAGAAACAGUUCAGCUUUCAUCGAGCGUAUCGCAACCUGUGACAAUUACAUGAAGAAGAUGAGCAAUGCAGAAUCUCUCCUGAUUUCUGUCCACGGCAGAGUGCUUAAUAUCAUAGCAUUAGAUCAAAAUCCACGGGAAAUUGAAAUUGACUCACCGUGCUUGAGACUGAUUCUCUCUAACGGUAUAAUCACGUGCUUUACUUCUUUCGAGUACACAACAACAUCAGGUGAAAAGAAUCUGGAUAUACUUUUCGGGUUUGCUACUGGAGAUAUUUUGUGGCUAAAUCCGCUUCGCAUGAAAUAUUCAAGGUGGAACAAAAACGGAAAGAUAAAAAGCGGCUUAAUUACAUCCCUCCAAUGGUCAAAAUGCGGUAAGUUUGCAAUAGCCGGCUUUGCAGAUGGUGAAGUCCUAACAUUUAGCCGCAAUUUGGAAGACCCUGAAUCUGCUUACCAACCUACUGUCCAAAUUAAAGAAAGACAUAUGAGAACUGUCAGGAGUUUGAAAACGCAACAAAAUCAAAGCGCAAAUCCGGUGGCUCACUACAAAUUCUCCAAAAAACCCAUCACACAUGUAACGAUUCAUCCAAUUUUUCACAACGUUGUAGCAUUGACAUCAGAUGAUGGUUUACUCCGGAUUUUUGAUCUACUAACCGAAACCAUAACUGAUAUUGUACCUUCAUACUACGCUGGUUUGUUAGUGACCGAGUUCACCCCAGAUGGGAAAUACAUAGCAGUCGGUGGGGAGGAUGAUAUUGUUUCCAUUUUUGAGUUUCAAUUCUUGAACUUUUUUUCAUCUCCAAGCGAAUCCGGGUUAUUGAAACUUGUGACAAGAUUGCAAGGUGCUAAAUCGUGGAUAAAAGGAAUUGUGAUUGGCUCCAACGGUUUGAACUCUUCGUUGAGCUAUACCAUUGGGACUGCAAGUGAUGACGGCUAUAUAAGGUUCUACGAGUUUCAGCCUAGAGCUCUCCGGAAGGUGAAAAGACACGCUCAUGUCGCAAGUGCAAGUUAUAUAGGCACCCCCAAGUUCCAAAUGCAACGGGGUUUUUCAAACUCCUCUGUCGAACCAAGUCUAGAUUCAAGAAAGAAGAAGUUGGCAAAUAGAUCGAGCAACACGCUAGUUUCGAUGAACAAUACGAACAACCACUUAUCUCUUCUUGAAAUAAUUAAUCAAGGCUCGUCAUCGACUUCUUUGCAGCAAUUACAACCGCAGACUUCCGUGCAUUUGAAGUUGGGGGAAAAUAAUAUGGUGAACUCUUCGGCCCAAUCAGAAAACAGGAAGCUCGAGUUGAUGAAAAUUAACGCUUUGUUCAAAAAUAAAACUACAUCAGCUGUUUCAAUACUUCUCCGUGAUUCCAGGUUUGCUACUCCACAUAUUCACACAGUAUCAGGUAUGAACACUGUGCCUAAUGUUCUACCUGUGAGUGAAAAGAAUGUUAACUUGGGCAGGCUCAGCGGAUUGCACAUGAGUAAAGAAUUUGUAUGGGCUUUUGUAGCCACGGGGGACUUGAUUAGGUGGAAAAAACACGAGUCCUAUUCUAAUGCCUUUUAG